CGCCCACCGCCCCGCUGCUCCGAGCCGGCCGCCCCUCACCCCCAAGAUGUGGCACAACGUGGGCCUGACCCUGCUGGUGUUCGUGGCCACGCUGCUGAUCGUGCUGCUGCUGAUGGUGUGCGGUUGGUAUUUUGUAUGGCAUCUUUUUUUAUCGAAAUUCAAGUUUCUGCGGGAACUGGUGGGAGACACGGGCUCUCAGGAGGGAGAUCAUGAGCCUUCAGGGUCUGAAACAGAAGAGGACGCUCCAUCGUCUCCGCACAGGAUCAGAUCUGCUCGCCAGAGGAGGGCACCUGCUGACGAAGGCCACUGACCCCGGCCGCGCCUGUGCGCGUGCAUGGUGAAGGCAGUGGGAGCCUCUGUCUUCAGUGACUUGGCUUUGCAGUUGCUAAAACAUUAAGAACAUUUUACUUGGAUUUCAAGUCCAGUUAAGAAAAAAAGAUUUACAUGUAAGCCAUAUGAAAAUAAAGGGAAUUUAAACCAAAUCGGACCAUUGCAGAUUUUAUCUUAAAGAUAAUCUUUUGCUUUACUAGCUUUUACUUAUAUACUUAUUCCUUGGCUCUUGAGCUUAUUAUUAUUAUUAUUAUUAUUAUUAUUUGCACUUGUGUGAAGCAAUUAAACGUUACAGGCUUGAAAAGUGUAUUUUAUUUGUUCUAUGCUGUGCCCCCCACACACAUUUUAACUUUUCUGAAAUUGGGAUGCAUCUCACCAUUAUGGUUAGCCAGGCAAUAGUUGAUGUAAUUAUCCUAGCCUUUGUGUGUGUGAGCUCACAGCCUGUCAUAGCAUCGCCACUGGGUUCUUAGUGUCACGUGUCAGAUUUAAUUGGCAGUUUAAAAUAUCUUCUAAAAGAUUACACUAUGAGUGAGCACUGAAACGAAGUUGUGUAUGCAGAAAGGCGAGGAAACAGAGCCAUGGGGCGUACGCAUUUGAUAUUAGCGAAGCAAAUAUCUGUCGCUGGAGGAAUGACCACAAUUCCAUCGUUUUUUUGUAAAGCAACAACAAAAUGCUUUACCGGCCUCCGAAGGGAGGAUACUUACAAGUAGAGAAAGCUGUACUACUUUUGUCACUGAGACACAUGCAAAAGGAUUGCCUGCCACACCCUAAGUAGUGCAGUGAAGGCGGGAGAAAUUGCCAAAACCCUUGGAAUAGAUGAAACAAUCCCAAGCAACGAGAGGCUGGUGUGAUCGGGUCACGUGUCAAGCAGGACCGUUGUCAAGGCACCAAACAGGUUUUGUCCAAAGCCUCCUGCUGACAUUAAGCAAAAGACAGUGGUGGAGCACUCUCAAGAAACACUGUCAGGAAAUGCUGUGUCCCUGGUGCUCUUGAUGACACCAGGGGCGCCGUUGUGUGAAGAACACAGAUAUCGAUGACUGAUGUAAGAAAUGACUCAGAAAAGUUGCACUUGGAAUAUGAAGUUAUAGUUAUAACCUAACCAGUUUAUUUCAUAACACGUAUGCACAAGACUAAUGUGAUAAAAAUCUGUUUAACUGAAGGGCUCUGUUUCGGUAAAUAAAAAAUAGUCUACAUGAUACGAAAGCAUUGUGUCAUAGUUUAAUUGCCUGUGCUUUUUCCUUAGUGAUACAUAUGGUGCAUCUUACAAGUGAUGGUAUCUUAGAUUAUAUAAAAAAUAAUUUGUAAAUUUGGUUUUCUAGGAUAGCAAUUAUUGCUAACUUAAUCUGACUCUUAUAAUGUUGUUAAAAUAGUUACCCUGUAUGAGACACAUUUUUUGGCAACCUAUUCAAGACUUCAGAGUAGUAACUUUGGAAUCUAAGCACUGUCUCUACUUUAAGAAGAUAGCAUGAGUCACUCCUCUUGUAUGGGCGGACUUCAUGCUCAAGGCCAUGUGUUGUGGAGAAUGUACUCCACCAACAGCAGCUCAGUGACAAGAUCUCAGAGAGACUGGGCAUGGAGAAAAAAUGGAGUGGGUGAAAUGCCCACUUCACUAUAAAAGGACUCUUGGUAGGUUCACACGUUUGUCUUCAUUGAACUUUGGACUGAGUGUUUACUGGGGGAGAGAUAAGGAUUAAAGAACCUGCCUGUUUAAUGUUACCUGCUUUGUACAAGAGUGAAUUGCAAAGCCAACUUAUUUUAUUAAUUCAAGUUCUUUUUAUAUGUUUUUAAAGAGCUAGUCAUCACAGAAGAUCACCUGUGUUUUAUGUGUGUGAUUAUGUCUGUCGCCUCGUACUUCAUGCUCAGAGUUUUGUUUGUUGAUGAGCAGUUCACUUGCUCUGCCCCAAGCGGUAUUCCUGGUGCACGCUGCUGUCCUGUAGCCUUUUGUGUGGACGGAGAGGGAUUCACAGAGCACAACUUCAGUUUUAAGUAUUUGCUGUGGGAAGAUCCCCAGCAGCUGAGAGUGGAGCAUGAUCUUUCUGUCUUCAUUUCCUCAUUGGAUGCAAUUUUUAUGUGACUGUAGGGAUUAAAAACUGACACUAGCAUUAAUUUCAGUGCUUCCUACUAGCUAAAUAUCACAUUAAAACUUGAUCAUCAGUUAGAAAAAAAGCCUAAAAAGCUUCUUGGUACUGGGAGGAUUAAAUCAGAUUUUUCAUAGUCUAAUAUCUUGAGCUGUGGAUUCGGCUGUACAGUGGAUAUCUUAGGUUUAGAUAAUAAUAGUUGCCGACAAACUUUAAGUAGCUGGAGUGCUUCCAUAUUGUAUCAGUAUUAAAGACUGGAUGGCUGAUGUAACCCCCAAAGCUUACAAGUAUCAUCCACAAAUUAAACAAAUGAAUCCUUGUAAAGGUAUACAUGUUGGUAUUAUUUAUUAAUAUUUAUACUUCAAGGAUGUCUUUUUAAGUAGAAUUUUUUAAAUAAGUAAAGUUCUGCUUUACUUAUUUGGGAAAAAUACCCAAAAGCAUAUAAAUAGCUCAUACCCUACCAUGUUUUAACUCUUAGGAGAGUUAAAAGAAAUCACUGAUGCUAAUAUGAAAAUUCUACAAAUGAAUCCCUUUGCUUGAAACCUUAAUUUUCCUCUGUACUCUGCCCCCAAUACACUCACUAUAGUACAUAUUUCUCAGGCCACUAAAAGAGGUAAGAGAAAUAGUUGUUAACAGAAUUUUUUGUGUGGUAUAGUGUUUCUGCCCUCCUGACCUAUACCCCCACCCCCCC